ACUUGCAGGGGUGUCGGCAGCCCGCGUGGGGAGGAGCUUAAUUGGAGGAAGUAGCCCACUCAACAAGCAACUUACCUCCAUAAUAGUGAGUAAAUCACUGGAUCUUGAGGCCAAAUAACAUCCACUAUCGAGGAGGGGUCGAAACCACCCUCGGAUCCGCUGUGGUGGACCUCCAUAUCAGCCGUUCGGUGCAGCUCGAAGCGGCGCGGCCGGUUCGGAAGCGAGCAGUAUGCAUUUGGACUGCAGACUGCUAUGGAAGGAGCGGUAAUGGUGGGCAGGGGGCCGACAGGGGCUGAGGUUCUCGUCCUGUCGAUCCUCGUCAUCACCCUCACCACGGAAGGCUGCUGGGCACAGAAAGGUGAUGGCUGUGGCCCCACAGUGCUGGGCCCCAGCAGCGGGACUCUCUCCUCCCUGGGUUAUCCAGCGACAUACCCCAACAACACGGUGUGCGAAUGGGAGAUCAGCGUGCCCCCAGGCAAGAGGGUCCACUUUUGCUUCGCCGAGCUGGACAUCGAGGACCGCGACUGCCAGGUCAACUACCUCCGCCUGUACAACGGCAUCGGACCUGACAGGAGCGAGAUCGCGAAAUACUGCGGCUUGAACAUGAAGCUGGACGAACUCAUCGAGUCAACCGGAAAUCAGGUCACCGUUCAGUUCAUGAGCGGGACGCAUCACACUGGACGGGGCUUCUACCUGUCCUACUCCACCACCGAGCACACAGAUCUCAUCACCUGCCUGCACAAAGGUAGUGAUUUCCCCGAGGCUGAGUUUAGCAAAUACUGUCCGGCUGGAUGUUUGACGUCUACGGGGGAGAUUUCUGGAACGAUACCAAAUGGAUACAGAGAGUCGUCUCCUCUGUGUUUGGCUGCCGUCCAUGCGGGAGUCGUGUCCAACGCUGUGGGCGGUAGGAUCAGCGUGGUGAGCAGCAAGGGCAUCCCGCUGUACGAGGGCACACUGGCGAACAAUGUCAUGUCCACUGGAGGAACCCUGUCAAACAGUCUCUUCACCUUCAGGACGAACGGCUGUUAUGGAACUCUGGGGUUAGAGUCGGGCGGCGUAGCAGACAUUCAGAUCUCCGCCUCAUCUGUGUGGGAGUGGAAGAACAUGGCCGGCCAGCACAGCGUGUGGGCGCCGUCUGGGGCGCGUCUAAAAAAGGCGGGCCUGCCUUGGGCGCCCUCACGCUGCGACCAACACCAAUGGCUGCAGGUGGACCUGAAGAGACAGAAAAGGAUCACUGGCAUCAUCACCACAGGCUCCACGCUGAGGGAGUACCAGUACUACAUUUCGACAUACCGUGUCCUUUACAGUCAGGACGGCCAGCAGUGGCUCUGCUACAAGGAGGCCAACUCCACCCAAGACAUGGUUUUCAAAGGCAACAUCAACUACCUGCACGAGGUGAGGAAUAAUUUCAUCCCCCCCAUGGAGGCGCGUUACGUGAGGAUCAACCCAACACAGUGGCACCAGAGGAUCGCCAUCAAAUUGGAGCUGCUCGGAUGCCAAGUGCCUACAGCCAGGAGGGCGAUGGAGCCCAGGAUGUUCCCGCCUCCCCGCCUCACCCCUUCUCGCCCAGCGACCACAAAACGUCCACGUAUGAUCGGCAAGACCACCCCACCUCCGGACAUUAGAAACACAACCAUGCCUCUCCACACCAACAAAGAUGUGGCCCUGGCUGCCGUCCUGGUGCCCGUUUUGGUCAUGGUGGUGACUGCACUCAUUCUGCUUGCGGUCUGUGCUUGGCACUGCAGGAGCCGGAAGAAAAGCUCUGAAGGAACAUAUGAUCUUCCUCACUGGAAUCGCACUGACUGGUGGAAAAGUAUGAAGCAGCUGCUGCCAGCCAAGAUGGUGGAUGCGGAUGAUUCGGUCCGCUACUGCAGCAGCGAGGUUGGUCGGAUGGCGGCAAGAGGCGCCGUUUCACGAAUACACGCAGAACCAGCAGAGUACGCCCAGCCCCUGGUGAGCGGCGUAACAACAUUGGGUGCACGGUCCACCUUUAAACCAGAUGAGGGUCCCGACCCGGGAUACAGCGACCCUGACCUCUAUGAUGCCCCCAUCUCACCGGAUGUGUACCACGCUUACGCCGAGCCCCUGCCGGCCACAGGGGCAGAGUACGCCACACCCAUUGUGGUGGAUAUGGGGUGCCACCCAUCUGGGGUCCAACCCUCCACAGGGGGCAGUUUCGCAGGCGGGCCCACCCAGCUACCGGCACAGACAGACAGCUGCCAGUCGGGGAGGUCAGCAUACGACACGCCCAAAAACGCUGCUGCCGGGCAGGAUGCGCCCACCGGGGACAUAACCUAUCAGGUGCCUCAGGGGGCGGAGCUGAAGAGGGGGCGCUAACAAACACUACCUAAGUGAUGUCCCUGCCGUGGAUUUGCUUGUGCUGAGGUGCCCAUUCCAGUCAGAUCACUGAAACCACAGAGAUGAAUGUUUGGGCCUCGUAGGUGGACAUCGAGGCAGGAGCAUAGAAAACAACAAGCGUGAAGACUACUGUUUGAUUUUUUUUUUUAACCCUUUUUCCCCAUCUGUGAUUCUGUGAAGCUGUGAUUUUCUGUUACAAACGUAGAUGUGAUGAUUGAAUAAUUGCAGACACGCACACACUGACGUCCUUGUUAGUAAUCCACGGUACGCGUUGUCUUACGUCUUAACUUGAAAUAGUGUACAGUUCUUGAAAUUGCAUCACUGCAAAACCUCUUAAUAGGAUUCCCCCGCUAUUUAUUUUUGAAUUCACAUCCUGCUGAUGAGGAGAUGGCGUCAACCAACCACCCCCUUAAGGGGCACCAGGAGGCUCCCUCCCCCCAGCCUGCAGACCAAAUGUUGCCUUUUUGUAUCCCCAGAAUGAACAUUUUAAGUCUUACAAAGCAAACUUUUUUUUAAGACAGUGGAAUGUUCUAGUAAAACAAAAAGGUACUGUGCUAAAAUCACUUGCUUGUAUUUCUGCCUGUGUGUUUGUUGUUUUGUGGGAGUGGCUUAUCAUUGUUGUACUUGUUUAUAUUAUAUAUUGUCUGGCGCGCCGGUGGUGGUCAUUAAAGAGAAUUUGUCACUUUUGA